AUUAUUAUUUCUGGAGAAUAAUUUAAUUCGAAAAAUAAAAAUAAAAAAUAAAGAGAAACAGAAGAAGAGAACAUUUGGCGAAACAAAGGCGACAACUUUAAUUGUCCAAAGAAGAUCGAGAGAAGAUUUUAGGCGAUCGAUUAUUGUCCCCAAAAGAUUGAAACAUUUUCUUCGGUAAAUCAUCGAUUUAGAUUAGUGUUAGGGUGUUUCGAUCGCGGGGGAGGUCUGGUCUGGUUGGAAUGGCGCAACAAGGGGCAAGCAUAGACCCUGCCGUUCUAGACGACAUCAUCCGUCGUUUGUUGGAUUACAGAAACCCUAAGCCUGCAACCAAACAGGUCAUGUUAAACGAGUCCGAGAUCCGACAGCUUUGCUUCGUCUCCAGAGAGAUUUUCCUCCAACAGCCUAUCCUCCUUGAGCUCGAAGCUCCCAUCAAGAUCUGCGGUGAUAUACAUGGACAGUACUCAGAUCUUUUGAGGCUCUUCGAGUACGGAGGCUACCCUCCAGCAGCUAACUAUUUAUUCUUAGGAGACUACGUUGACCGCGGGAAGCAGAGUCUAGAAACAAUCUGUCUCCUCCUCGCCUACAAAAUCAAAUACCCCGAGAACUUCUUCCUCCUAAGAGGUAACCACGAGUGCGCUUCCAUCAACAGAAUCUACGGAUUCUACGACGAGUGCAAACGUAGGUUCAGCGUGAGGCUCUGGAAAGUCUUUACGGAUUCUUUCAACUGCCUCCCCGUGGCCGCUGUGAUAGACGACAAGAUACUGUGCAUGCACGGUGGUCUUUCUCCCGAUUUGACCAGCGUGGAAGAGAUCAAGAACGUCGAGCGACCCACCGAUGUUCCGGACGCUGGUCUGCUCUGCGACCUGCUUUGGUCUGAUCCGAGCAGAGAUGUGAAAGGCUGGGGGAUGAACGACCGUGGAGUGUCGUACACGUUUGGGCCUGAUAAGGUUGCUGAGUUUCUCAUAAAGAAUGAUAUGGAUCUCAUCUGUCGUGCGCACCAGGUUGUAGAGGAUGGGUAUGAGUUCUUUGCAGAUAGACAGCUUGUUACUAUAUUCUCAGCUCCAAACUACUGUGGUGAAUUCGACAAUGCGGGUGCAUUGAUGAGUGUUGAUGAGAGUUUAAUGUGUUCUUUCCAAAUACUUAAGCCUGCGGAUCGGAGGCCCCGGUUCUUAUAAUGAUGUAAAAUAAAAUUAAAAAAAAAGAGGCAGUUUGAACCUCUGCGGGAAAGAAGACAGGAACGUGGGAGAGAGACAGAGAGAAACCUCCCUGAGAAUUUGUACGGAGGCCUUUGCAAGAAGGCUUUAAAAAGUUAUAUAUAAAUUUUACAUGUUGUUAUAAUCAUCAUUUUUACUUGAACAAUUGCCAUUUCUUUUCUCAAAUUUGUAUGUUCUUCUUCUCUGACUCCUAGUAGACAGUAAAAAAAAAAGUCUCCAAAGUUUUAUUA